GUUUCUGCCCUUAACGACUAAACAACACGAGAGAUGGACUACAAAGAACAGGUUGAGCAGGUUGUAUCCACCGCGCAAUUCGGAGAUUUGAUCGAGUUCUCGUACCCCAUUGGCUACGCACACUGGGGCGUGUACGACGGAGAUGGAUACGUCAUUCACUUUGCGGUUGCCGAUGAAACUCAGGUGAUGGGUACGUUUCGAAAUUGUCUGCAGGCUAUCUUCCCUGUUUGUGGUGAUCUUUUGCUUGGAGAAACUAAGAUUCGGCGUCAGCUCCUGUCUGAAGUUAACGUGCCAAAAGGAGCUCGUGUUUCAGUGAGCAAUAACCAGCACGCUCUCGAGCCUUCACCUGUGGAUGAAAUUAGAAAACGACUAGAUGCUUUACUGGACAAAGAGUUUACUUACAAAAUCUUCACACACAAUUGUGAGCACUUUGCCACAUUUGUCCGCUCUGGUAAAGCUAUGUGCAAUCAGAUUCCAGGGAAGCCCAAAAACAAGGAAUGUGUGGAAUCUACACAGUUAUUUAGCUACCUUGUGCCAUCGAGUUAACCUACUAAAUACCAACAACUACAGAUUAUCACAAUAAUAAUAUAUUAUGUUUGAUUAAGGAUAUUUCUCACACACUCAUUAAACCAGUUAAGAUUUCUGUUUGAUGUCAUGGAAAAGGGUUCUUCACACUGAUCUGUAAUAGUAUAUAGAUCAGUGGUUCCUCACUUUCUUCAGUGUGCCUGCAGGUCUUGUUUGGUCUCCUAGCCUUGUCAAGCUGGUCUGUUGGCUGGUUUUAAAAUGGUUUUGGGUUCAGGCCAGGAGACCAGCUUGGUUAUGCAGGAAGACCAUAUUAUACCAGCUAAAACCUAUACCCGCUUACACCUGCUUUUUUCAGCAGAAAUGCUGUCAAAAUGUACAUUGAAUGUUUAGUAAAGGUGUUCACAUGUUUCUGACUGUCCUUUUCACAUUUCUAACUAAUAUGGCACAUAAUAUUACCAGUUUACACCACAGUUACAAAAACACAAUUAAAUUGCUUGACAAGUGCAGAUUUAUUUCCUGCGUUAAUGCAUUGUCUAUUACAACAGAAAGCCUGGGAAAUAUCUAAGAGUUCAUCUUUUUUAAAUAGCCAACACCCAGCAAACACAGAACAUUCCCCUAAUGUUAGCAUAUGGUUCCGGUUUAAUUAUAAUUUUUUUGGGUCCAAAUAAUGUUCAAAGAACGUUUUCUGUAGGUUUUUGUAACUAAAAAAACAUUUGUUGUAACCAAAAACAUGUGAUUUGCUACUUAUUAGUCAGCUGCAGGUGACUGUUUUACCAGAAUAGACCAUAAGUUUUAAGUAUAUCUGCUAAAAGUGAAUUUUCUGUAAAAAAAAAAAAAAAUCAAUUUUGAUUUUACUGACUUCAAAUCAGCCACAAGUGGAGAGAAAGAAAUUAAACAAAAUCAUCAAGAUUAUAAAAGCUUCUUACGGGGUUUAAAAUGAAGCCAUUUUUAUUAAGCUUUUACAUUAGUAACAAUGACUAGUAAGCUAAUUGUAUUUUGGAUGAAACUGGUUACCAUGGUGAUUUUUUUCAUAAGGUAAAGGGGCAAUGCAGUGUUGUGUUUUAUAUCAUUAAAAAAAUAAAUAUUUAUAUUCUAU